GUUGGAUGGGGGAAUUGCAGCCGCCUUUGCACGGAGGCGGUGGCGGCAGCAGCAGCAUGGAGGGGAGCGUUUGCGCGGCUGGUGCAAAGGAGCCAGGCGCCUGCUAGAGACAGACAGCGGGGGGGGGGACGGACCUGCAGCUGCUCCCCCCCGCCUGGAAGUAUGAACUGGCAGCAGAGCUGCUGCUGCUGCUCUCCCCCGCCAGCGCCGCCGCCGCCCCCCCCGCCGGUGAGCGAGCAGAGACGGAAGAUGGGGCCCGUGCUCCGGAGCCUACUUCUCUGCAGUUUCUGCGCCCUGAUGCGAGCUGCACCGCUGCUGCUGUAUGCAAACCGACGUGAUCUGCGAUUGGUGGAUGCUGCAAAUGGGAAAGAGAACGCUACAGUUGUAGUGGGUGGUUUGGAAGAUGCAGCCGCAGUGGACUUUGUGUUUGUCCGGGGGUUGAUAUACUGGAGUGAUGUAAGCGAAGAAGCCAUUAAGCGAACAGAAUUUAACAAAACUGGGAGUGUACAGAAUGUGGUCAUUUCUGGGCUUUUGUCACCUGACGGGUUGGCAUGCGAUUGGCUGGGAGAGAAACUAUACUGGACGGAUUCUGAAACAAAUCGGAUUGAAGUUUCCAAUUUAGACGGAUCUUUGAGAAAAGUUUUAUUUUGGCAAGAAUUGGAUCAGCCCAGAGCAAUAGCCUUAGAUCCUGCAAGAGGGUUCAUGUAUUGGACAGAUUGGGGAGAAGUGCCAAAGAUAGAACGUGCUGGGAUGGACGGUUCAAGCCGCUCCGUUAUAAUAAACACAGACAUUUACUGGCCAAAUGGAUUGACUUUGGAUUAUGAGGAAUGGAAGCUUUAUUGGGCAGAUGCUAAACUGAACUUCAUUCACAAAUCAAACCUGGAUGGAACUCAUCGGCAAGCAGUGGUUAAAGGAUCCCUUCCACAUCCUUUUGCUUUGACUUUGUUUGGGGACACAUUGUACUGGACUGACUGGAACACUCAUUCUAUCUUGGCCUGCAACAAGUACUCUGGGGAGGACCUGCGUGAAAUACAUUCCAACAUUUUCUCUCCCAUGGAUAUCCAUGUUUUCAGCCAACAGAGGCAGCCAAAUGCUACAAACCCAUGUGGAAGUAAUAAUGGUGGCUGCUCCCACUUGUGUUUGAUGUCUCCUAUCAAGCCUUCUUAUCAGUGUGCUUGUCCCACUGGUGUGAAACUCCUUGAGAAUGGAAAGACCUGCAAAGAUGGUGCCACCGAGUUACUGCUCUUAGCCCGCAGGACGGACUUGAGGCGCAUUUCCUUGGAUACCCCGGAUUUUACAGACAUUGUCUUGCAGCUGGAGGACAUCCGUCAUGCCAUUGCUAUUGACUAUGAUCCCGUGGAAGGAUACAUCUAUUGGACUGAUGAUGAGGUGAGGGCCAUUCGCCGCUCUUUCAUAGAUGGAUCAGCUAGUCAGUUCGUUGUCACAGCACAGAUUGCGCAUCCCGAUGGCAUUGCUGUGGACUGGGUUGCCCGAAACCUUUACUGGACAGACACCGGUACUGACCGCAUAGAGGUGACAAGACUUAACGGGACUAUGAGAAAGAUCUUGAUAUCAGAAGACUUGGAAGAACCGAGAGCAAUCGUAUUGGAUCCCAUGGUUGGAUACAUGUAUUGGACUGACUGGGGAGAAAUUCCAAAGAUUGAGAGGGCUGCAUUAGAUGGGUCAGACAGAGUUGUGCUGGUGAAUACUUCGCUUGGCUGGCCAAAUGGACUGGCCCUGGAUUAUGCAGAAAGCAAAAUAUAUUGGGGAGAUGCAAAAACAGACAAAAUUGAGGUCAUGAAUGCAGAUGGCAGUAGCAGGAGAGUUCUGGUGGAGGACAAACUGCCUCAUAUCUUUGGAUUCACUUUGCUGGGAGAUUACAUCUAUUGGACCGACUGGCAAAGGCGUAGCAUUGAGCGAGUGCAUAAGCGUACAGCAGAAAGAGAAAUCAUCAUAGACCAACUGCCUGACCUAAUGGGCCUGAAGGCUACUAAUGUCCAUCGGAUCAUUGGUGCAAACCCUUGUGCAGAGGACAAUGGUGGUUGCAGCCAUCUCUGUCUGUACAGACCUCAGGGCCCUCGCUGCGCCUGUCCCAUAGGCUUAGAGCUCAUCAGUGAUAUGAGGACUUGCAUUGUCCCAGAAGCUUUCCUGCUCUUUUCUCGGAGAGCAGAUAUCAGGCGAAUCUCUUUGGAAACCAACAACAACAAUGUUGCCAUCCCACUUACGGGAGUCAAAGAAGCUUCUGCUCUGGAUUUUGACGUGACUGACAAUCGGAUUUACUGGACAGAUAUCUCACUGAAGACUAUCAGCAGGGCAUUUAUGAACGGCAGUGCACUCGAACAUGUGGUGGAGUUUGGCUUGGAUUACCCAGAAGGCAUGGCAGUAGACUGGCUAGGAAAGAACCUGUAUUGGGCCGAUACUGGAACAAAUCGUAUUGAAGUGUCAAAGCUGGAUGGACAACAUCGUCAAGUAUUGGUGUGGAAGGAUCUGGACAGCCCCCGGGCACUGGCAUUAGACCCUGCUGAAGGGUUUAUGUACUGGACUGAGUGGGGUGGGAAGCCCAAGAUUGACCGAGCUGCCAUGGAUGGAAGUGAACGUACUACUUUGGUACCAAACGUGGGACGAGCUAAUGGGCUAACAAUUGAUUAUGCUAAAAGAAGACUUUACUGGACAGAUCUAGAUACCAACUUAAUAGAAUCUUCAAAUAUGCUAGGCCUUGACCGUGAGGUUAUAGCAGAUGACUUGCCUCACCCGUUUGGCUUGACUCAAUACCAGGAUUACAUCUAUUGGACAGAUUGGAGCCGACGCAGCAUUGAGCGAGCCAACAAGACCAGUGGCCAGAACCGGACCAUCAUCCAAGGCCACUUGGAUUAUGUGAUGGAUAUCCUGGUCUUCCAUUCCUCAAGGCAGGCAGGCUGGAAUGAAUGUGCCUCUAGCAACGGGCACUGCUCCCAUCUCUGCUUGGCAGUGCCAGUUGGUGAUUUUGUGUGUGGAUGCCCAGCUCACUAUUCCUUGAAUUCUGACAACAGGACCUGUAGUGCUCCUACAACUUUCCUGUUGUUCAGUCAGAAGAACGCAAUUAAUCGCAUGGUGAUAGAUGAGCAACAGAGUCCAGAUAUCAUACUCCCGAUCCACAGUCUCAGGAACGUCCGGGCCAUCGAUUAUGACCCCCUAGAUAAGCAGCUUUAUUGGAUUGACUCUCGGCAGAACAUUAUCCGGAAGGCACAAGAAGAUGGCAGCCAGAGCCUUACUGUGGUGACGAGUCCGGUUCCCAAUCAGAACCUGGACAUGCAGCCCUAUGAUCUGAGCAUUGAUAUCUACAGUCGCUACAUCUACUGGACUUGUGAAGCCACUAAUGUGAUUAAUGUGACACGCUUGGAUGGGAGACCAAUGGGCGUGGUGCUGAAAGGAGAAGACGACAGGCCCCGGGCCAUUGUGGUGAACCCAGAGAAAGGGUACAUGUAUUUCACUAAUCUGCAAGAAAGGUCACCCAAAAUCGAGAGGGCAGCACUGGAUGGAACUGAACGGGAGAUUCUCUUUUUCAGUGGCUUGAGUAAACCUAUAGCCCUGGCCCUUGACAGCCAGCUGAGCAAGUUAUUCUGGGCUGAUUCAGAGCUCCGGAGAAUUGAGAGCAGUGACCUUUCAGGGGCGAAUCGAAUAGUUUUAGAAGAUUCCAAUAUCUUGCAACCCGUUGGGCUCACAGUAUUUGAAAACUGGCUGUACUGGAUUGACAAGCAACAGCAAAUGAUUGAAAAAAUUGACAUGACUGGUCGAGAAGGACGUACGAAAGUCCAGGCUCGUAUUGCACAGCUCAGCGACAUACAUGCAGUUAAAGAGCUAAACAUCCAGGAAUACAGACAGCAUCCUUGUUCUCAAGACAAUGGCGGGUGUUCGCACAUUUGUAUUGUGAAGGGUGAUGGUACAACCCGGUGUUCUUGUCCGGUGCACCUUGUUCUGCUUCAGGAUGAACUAUCCUGUGGAGAACCCCCAACAUGCUCCCCUCAGCAGUUCACCUGUUUCACAGGGGAGAUUGACUGCAUCCCAGUGGCCUGGCGCUGUGAUGGAUUCACUGAAUGCGAAGACCAUAGUGAUGAAAAGAACUGCCCUGUCUGUUCAGACUCCCAGUUCCAGUGUGAAAGCGGACAGUGCAUAGACAGCACCCUCCGGUGCAAUGGAGAGGCGAAUUGCCAGGACAACUCAGAUGAGAAGAACUGUGAAGUGCUGUGUUUAACCGAUCAAUUCCGCUGCGCCAGUGGCCAGUGCAUUGGGAAAAACAAGAAAUGUGAUCACAACUUGGACUGCAGUGACAGCUCAGAUGAGCAAGGAUGCUACACAACAGAGGAGCCAGCACCACAAGCCAACAAUACCAUAGGCUCAAUCAUUGGAGUGAUCCUCACUGUUUUUGUGGUUGGAGCAAUGUACUUUAUCUGCCAGAGGGUGCUGUGCCCACGCAUGAAGGGAGAUGGGGAAACAAUGACUAAUGACUAUGUGGUGCAUGGACCAGCCUCCGUACCACUUGGUUAUGUGCCUCACCCAAGCUCUCUGUCAGGGUCUCUCCCAGGAAUGUCGCGUAAAUCUGUGAUCAGCUCCCUCAGCAUUAUGGCCGGAAGUAGCGGGCCUCCCUACGACAGAGCCCAUGUCACAGGGGCAUCCUCCAGUAGUUCUUCGAGUACCAAGGGCACUUACUUCCCUCCAAUUUUGAAUCCUCCGCCAUCACCAGCUACUGAACGCUCACAUUACACCAUGGAAUUUGGUUAUUCUUCAAACAGUCCUUCCACUCAUAGAUCCUACAGCUACAGGCCAUACAGCUACCGGCAUUUUGCACCUCCCACCACGCCCUGCAGCACGGAUGUUUGUGACAGCGACUACGCCCCCAGCCGGCGGGUCACGACAGCAGUGACUAAGGGCUACACCAGUGACUUGAACUAUGAUUCCGAGCCUGUGCCCCCUCCACCGACGCCAAGGAGCCAGUACCUCUCGGCGGAGGAGAACUAUGAAAGCUGUCCGCCCUCCCCAUACACAGAACGGAGCUAUUCCCAUCACCUCUACCCGCCGCCUCCAUCCCCCUGCACAGACUCCUCAUGAGGGCCCCUCCACCCCCUUCCUUAACUGCCUCCACUACGAAAGUGUAAAUACAAAUUGUCCAUACCAGGGAGGGGGGAGGGAGCUAUUGGAGAGGGAGGAGGCAGGACAGUGUACAGUUAAAAGUUAUGAAAUGGGGUGGUGAAUACUGGAGAUAUUUGUACAGAAGAAAAAAGGAUAUUUAUAUAUUUUCUUAAACAGCAUCUGCUGCUUGUGCCAUAAGAAGAAAUUUUUGUAUAAAAGAAUAGAAAUUUGUACAAAAUUUUUAUUUUUGCAAAUGGAACAAAAAACAUGCCUUAAUCCAGUGAAGUGACCGAGCACAUGAGAAAAUGGAAGGACCAGGACGCGUCACUGUCCAGUGAGGCAAAGUGUGGGGUUCGUCAAUACCAAAAAA